AUGGAUUGCACUCCUGCUCAGAAGGUCAGAUAUGGCACUCAUAUGCUGGCUAAGGAAGCUGAUGAUUGGUGGUUGGAGACGCUUGCUAGGUUGGAGUUUUCAGGUGAGGAAGUCACUUGGAAUGUGUUUCGUAGGGAAUUUCUGAGGAAGUACUAUCCUGAAGAUGUUCGGGGUAAGAAAGAGAUAGAAUUCCUAGAGUUGACGCAAGGGAACAAGUCCGUGACUGAGUAUGCUGCCAAGUUCACUGAGUUGAUUAAGUUCUAUCCUCACUUUGAUGGCGAAGGUGCUGAAUUUUCUAAGUGCAUCAAGUUUCAGAAUGGAUUACGCUCGGAUAUCAAGAAGGCUGUUGGGUACCAAAAGAUCCGUUUGUUUCCUGAUUUGGUUGACAGUUGUAGGAUCUUUGAGGAAGAUAGUAAUGCUCAUCACAAGAUGGUUAGUGAUAGAAGGGGCAAGAAUCAACAAAGCUGUGGGAAACCGUAUGAUGCUGGUAAAGGGAAACAAAGAGUUAUUCAUGGUCAGAGAUGUGGUAAGAUGGGACAUGCAAUGUCUGAUUGCAAGCAUAAGGACAUGGUAUGUUUCACGUGUGGCGAAGAGGGACACAUUAGUAGCCAGUGUCCAAAGAAGAAGGCACAAUCCGGUGGAAAGGUGUUUGCUUUAGCUGGGACUCCUACAACUAGUGGAGACCGACUCAUCAGAGAUUGA